CGGCCCGGCCCGGCGCGCUCCGCCGCCGCUACCGCCCGCCUGUGACUUCGGGAGGCUCKUGACAUAAAGCGGGACGAGCUGGACUGCAAGGAGCCCUGUCACCGGUGCCGCUCUCCGGAGCAUCAGCAGCUUUCUGGAGACCGUCCACAGAGCCGGUGAACGUCCCCAAACUUGCCAUGGGGCUCGUGUGCUCCACGGGAGACCGUGCGAGGGGCUUCAGGUCGUUGCUGGUGCUGUUGGUGUGUCUGAUAGUCCUCGUGUGCCCUGACCGGGACUACUAUAGCUUGCUUGGAGUAUCCAAAGAAGCCAGCAGCAGGGAAAUCAGGCAGGCUUUCAAGAAACUGGCCUUGAAGUUACACCCUGACAAGAACCAGAAUGAUCCAAAUGCACACGAAAAUUUUUUGAAAAUAAAUAGAGCCUAUGAAGUACUUAAAGAUGAAGAUCUACGGAAGAAGUAUGAUAAAUAUGGAGAGAAGGGUCUUGAGGAUCAGCAGCAGGGUGGGCGUUAUGAAAGCUGGAACUUCUACCGCUAUGAUUUUGGCAUUUAUGAUGAUGAUCCUGAAAUUAUAACAUUGGAUAGAGGAGAAUUUGAUGCUGCUGUUAACUCUGGGGAACUGUGGUUUGUGAAUUUUUACUCGCCCCGCUGUUCCCACUGCCAUGAGCUGGCACCUACGUGGAGAGAGUUUGCUAAAGAGAUGGAUGGAGUGAUACGCAUUGGAGCUGUCAACUGUGGAGAUAACAGAAUGCUUUGUCGAAUAAAAGGGAUUAACAGUUAUCCAAGCCUGUAUAUUUUCAAAACUGGAAUGCAACCUAUGAAAUAUUAUGGGGACAGGUCAAAAGAGAGUUUAAAGAACUUUGCUAUGCAAUAUGUUACAAGCACCGUCACUGAGUUAUGGGCAGGAAACUUUGUUAAUGCCAUUGAAACUUCAUUUGCUUCCGGUGUUGGCUGGCUGAUCACCUUCUGUGCUGAACGUGGAGAUUGUUUGAGCCACCAAACACGCCUUAAGCUUGCUGGCAUGUUGGAAGGUCUUGUCAAUGUAGGCUGGAUGGACUGUGGCACCCAGGGUGAGCUUUGUGAUAACUUAGAUAUCUCAUCUAGCACUACAGCAUACUUUCCACCUGGAGCCACCUUAAAUAACAAAGAGAAAGGAGGUGUCUUGUUUCUUAACUCCUUGGAUGCCAGAGAAAUAUAUCAAGAAGUAAUGAAACACCUGCCAGAUUUUGAACUCAUCUCUGCAGCAUCAUUAGAGGACCGUUUGGCUCACCAUCGGUGGUUGAUUUUCUUCCAAUUUGGAAAUGAUGACAAAUCAAGUAUACAAGAAUUUAAAAAACUAAGCUUUCUACUUAAAGAGGAACAUAUCCAGGUUGGCAAGUUUGACUGUGUUUCCUCACCAACCAUCUGCAAUAAACUGUAUGUCUACCAGCCCUCUCUGGCAGUCUUCAAAGGAAAAGGAACUGACGAUUACGAAAUUCAUCAUGGAAAGAAGAUCCUCUACGACAUCGUUGCAUUUGCCAAAGAGAGUGUAAACUCUCAUGUUAUCACUUUGGGGCCUCAGAAUUUUCCUGACAAAGAGAAGGAACCCUGGCUUGUGGAUUUCUUUGCACCAUGGUGUCCUCCUUGUCGAGCUCUGUUGCCAGAACUGAGAAAAGCAUCAAAACAUCUUUAUGGUCAACUUAAAUUUGGAACAUUAGACUGUACUGUGCAUGAAGGGCUUUGCAACAUGCAUAACAUUCGAGCUUAUCCGACAACAGUUGUGUUCAACCAGUCCGAUGUUCACGAAUAUGAAGGACAUCAUUCUGCUGAGCAGAUCUUGGAGUUUAUAGAGGAUCUUAGGAAUCCAUCAGUGGUCUCCCUAACACCAGAGACAUUUGUUGAAUUAGUUAAGAGAAGAAAAAGAGAGGAAACCUGGAUGGUGGAUUUCUAUGCUCCAUGGUGUGGGCCUUGCCAGGCUCUGAUGCCAGAAUGGAAAAAAAUGGCCAGGAUGUUAAUUGGAUUGAUCAAUGUAGGGAGUGUGGAUUGUCAAAGAUACUAUUCUUUUUGUCAACAAGAAGGUAUUCGAGGAUAUCCUGAAAUAAGACUCUUUCCUCAAAAGUCAAACACAGCUCAACAAUAUUACAGCUACAAUGGUUGGCACAGAGAUUCGUAUUCAAUGAGAGCCUGGGCACUGGGGUAUUUACCCCAAGUUUCUGUAGACCUUACUCCUCAGACUUUCAUAGAAAAAGUUUUGAAUGGAAAAGAUCACUGGGUCAUUGACUUUUAUGCUCCUUGGUGUGGACCUUGCCARAAUUUUGCUCCUGAAUUUGAGAUGCUUGCAAGGACCAUGAAAGGAAAAGUAAAAGCUGGGAAAGUAGACUGCCAGGCGUACGGCCACACCUGCCAGAGUGCUGAUAUCCGGGCCUACCCGACCGUCAAGUUUUACCCCUACCAAGGAUCAAAGAAAAAUGUUUUUGGGGAACUUGUGGACAGCAGAGAUGCGAAAGUCAUUGCCAACCUUCUGAAUGAAAAGUUAGAAGCUAUUCAAAGUAAACGAAAGAAAUCUAGAAAUAAGGAUGAGCUCUGAGCGGUACUGGAGUUGGAUGAGAUUCAAAAUACUCUGAAACUGUGAAUAUAGAAGAUACCAUGCGGAGAACGGAGCGUUAGGUUACAUUGAUGACAGGACAAAGACACAAAGACUAGUUUGACUCUGGGGCAUUCGCGACGGCCUGUACAAAUUCUACAAAACUGCAGGGAAAGAAGCGUUCGGUUUCAGUGGAGGCUUUGGAAGCACCUGCAGAUGAACCCUGUGUGUCCCUCUCCUGAUAUAGCGACCGUCUUCCUGUUCAAGCAUUGGGGUGACCAGAUCGAGGACUGAGGUAUCCCUCUUGCUACCCCUUCAGGACCUUAUUUUGUUCUGUCCUUUUCCAAACACUUUUCAAUGUGGCUCUCAGCCUGUGGCUGAAUAUGCAUCCAMGUGCUCUGCAAUGCAGAAACACAGCGAGGGAUUGUCUAUUUGAGAGACAAAACGCUUUCACCUGAUAAUAAUUCUGCUUGGGGCUUGUGGUAUCGUCUAGUCAACGGCUAAGAACUAAAACCAACAGCUGGCAGCAGGAUUGGAUURUUCAAUUGCAUUGCUCCUGCCCUGAAAAAUAUGUCUAUAUUGUAGCACUGGUGAAGGGGCCAGGAWGAGUAGAAUUUGAAGAGCUUCUCUUGGUUGCUCAGUCUUUUUGUUUGUUUGUUUUUUAAAUCAGCAAAAUAAAUCAAGGACUAGACCCUCACUGUAUUCUUGAAUUUCAAAGUUUAAGUUGUGUCACAGAAGCAUCAGUCUAAGACUUAUUAUUCUUCAGUGUCUUUUUAAGGAAGAAUAUAUUCUGUGGACAUAUUUAACUUCUCUUGGUUUUGUACUUUUGCUUUAUCCUCAGAGAGGUUUUAUUUUGAAAACAUCUUUUGGCCAGUAAAAUAGGAAGUGCCUUUUGUCAUUUAAUAACAGACACUACAUUACAAUGUCUCCUCAUAUACCUUAAUGUAAUGACCACUCUCUAGGGUAAUGUUUUUCGUAGCUUCUCAAUAGACAAGUGUGUGGCAUUUACUGAAGACAACUCUGUGCUGCAUGUGGAACUUCUACUUCAAAAAAAAUUUUUU